AUGACCCAAAAGUUACCUCUAUCAUUAUGGAAUAUAAUAGCUCUAUUUGUACUCCUGUUACCGCUGAUACACAAUGCGACCGAUAAUAACUCAAUUGCUCAAGCUACUCCCAUUAAUUCGCGUAUAGUUGGAGGUGAUCCCACGACCAUUGAUAAAGCCAAAUAUUUGGUUUAUUUGAGGGUAAAUGGCAAAUUCAUCUGUGGUGGUAGUUUGGUGGCGCCCAAAUUUGUAAUCACCGCUGCCCACUGUAUAGACGGUAUUAAUCCCUCAAAGGUCAUUGUGGUGGGUGGAGCAACACGCCUCUCUGAGCCCGGUGUACGACGAGGAGUUACAAAAAUAAUAAAACCUCAAAACUACAACAAACCCAAACCCUAUCACAUGGAUGUGGCUGUGUUGAAACUUGCAUCCGAUAUGAAAGGUAACAAUAUUGAUACGAUACCAUUGUGUGAGGCUAGUUGGAAAUUUGGAGAUUAUAUUGAUGUCUAUGGUUGGGGCCAAUUGUCGGAAAAUAAUAAAGCUGAAGUUCAGCAAAUGCGUAAAGUUCGUGUACCGCUGGUUUUGCGCAGCAAAUGUGUCGAGGCAUAUCGUCAGCGUGAAACGAUAACCGAUUCAAUGUUUUGUGCCAGCGAUUUGGCGAAGGGCAAGGAUUCGUGUUAUGGUGAUUCGGGUGGACCGGCAGUGUUUCAAAAUCAAUUGUGCGGUAUUGUAUCGUGGGGUUUACGUUGUGCCAGUACAAAAUAUCCAGGAGUCUAUACGAGUAUUAAGUCAGUGCGUAAUUUUAUCGAUAGAGCUAUGAAAUUGUAA